UGAGUGUUGCAAUGUUUCUACCUAAACAACUACCUUGUGACUCUUAUGCCUGUGUACACUGCUGAUAAACGUUCCAUUAUAUAAAUGCGACAAGUGUUUGUCUGCCGUGCUUGUAUACUGGUGAGACAAAGUUCACUUGUAAAUAUUCCUCAUACAAUAGUGAGCUCAAGAACCACAUACAUGUGCAGAAUUAUUAAUGCAAAUUUAGCUGUGAAGAGUGGAUAACUUUUUUAUACAGUCAAAAGUUACCCAAAAGUGUGUACACUGAGGGAAAUAUUUUCUAGCAUGGAGUGUUGUAAAGUUUGUAAAAGAUGGCCCAGUUUAUGAAUCAAAUAGCUGGACAUGGUGGCCAAAAUAAUUAUGAGUGUGUACAGUGUGGUGAUUUAUUUUACAGUAGUGAUUCUCUGAAGAUGCAUACCUGUAUGGCUGAACACAUUGAUGAGAUAAAUAUUAAGUAUGAAGAAGUUGAUGAAAGUUUUAACAGUAACUUUGAUAUGACACAACAUGUGACUGUUGAUGAGAAAGAUAUUAAGUGUGAAGAGUUUGAUGAAAGUUUUAACAUUAACUAUGAUGUGACACAACAUGUGACUGUUGAUGAGAAAACUCGUAAAUGUCUAGAAAGUGGUAAAAGUUAUAACCAAAAGGAACAACUAAAGGAACAAAUAGUUGUACACACUGGUGAAAAGAAUUUUAAGUGUGGAGAGUGUGGUAAAAGUUAUUACAGGAAGAGCCAUCUGAAGAAUCAUAUGGUUGUACACACUGGUGAGAAGAAUUUUAAGUGUGGAGAGUGUGGUAAAAGUUACUACAGGAAGAGCCAUCUGAAGAGCCAUAUGGUUGUACACACUGGUGAAAAGAAUUUUAAGUGUGGAGAGUGUGGUAAAAGUUAUUCCAGAAAGGGCGAACUGAAGAGCCAUAUGGUUGUACACACUGGUGAGAAGAAUUUUAAGUGUGGAGAGUGUGGUAAAAGUUAUUUCAUAAAGAGCCAUCUGAAGAAUCAUAUGGUUGUACACACUGGUGAGAAGAAUUUUAAGUGUGGAGAGUGUGGUAAAAGUUAUCCCAGAAAGAGUGAACUGAAGAGCCAUAUGGUUGUACACAAUGGUGAGAAGAAUUUUAAGUGUGGAGAGUGUGGUAAAAGUUAUUACAGGAAGAGCCAUCUGAAGAGCCAUAUGGUUGUACACACUGGUGAGAAGAAUUUUAAGUGUGGAGAGUGUGGUAAAAGUUAUCCCAGAAAGGGCGAACUGAAGAGCCAUAUGGUUGUACACAAUGGUGAGAAGAAUUUUAAGUGUGGAGAGUGUGGUAAAAGAUAUCCCAGAAAGAAUGAACUGAAGAGCCAUAUGGUUGUACACACUGGUGAGAAGAAUUUUAUGUGUGGAGAGUGUGGUAAAAGUUAUUACAGGAAGAGCCAUCUGAAGAGCCAUAUGGUUGUACACACUGGUGAGAAGAAUUUUAAGUGUGGAGAGUGUGGUAAAAGCUAUUCCAGAAAGGACGAACUGAAGAGCCAUAUGGUUGUACACACUGGUGAGAAGAAUUUUAAGUGUGAAGAGUGUGGUAAAAGUUAUUCCGUAAAGAGCUAUCUGAAGAAGCAUAUGGUUGUACACACUGGUGAGAAGAAUUUUAAGUGUGAAGAGUGUGGUAAAAGUUAUUACAGGAAGAGCUAUCUGAAGCAGCAUUUGGUUGUACACACUGGUGAGAAGAAAUUUAAGUGUGAAGUGUGUGGUAAAAGUUUUUCCAGAAAAGGUGAACUGACAAAACAUAUGUCUUUACACACUGGUGAGAAGAAUCUUACAUGAAAGUUGUGGGGAAAGAUCUUACAGAAAAUGAUGUGGAAAACUGUAUGGUCUUGCAUGCUGGUAGGAACUAUUUCAAGUAUAAAUACUGUAAUCGAUUAUAACAUGCUCUUCAAAUUUCCUGGGGUUAGGUUCUCAAAAUGGCCACGAAUAACAUUUGCUGACCCUGGGGGAGGGGGCGGUACAUUUAUACUGUACUCGUGCAAAGAAAUUUAUAUUUCCUUUAUAUGUUUGCCUUUACGACAAAAACCUGGAACGUCAAUGUGGCAUUUAAAAACUCAUGCACUGUUAAACAAAUGUUAAACAAGAACUCCCCCAACAAGCAUUUAUAAUGUUCCUUGUAAGGAAUGU